CUCAGCAAUAUUGACAGCUGAAGGGUCCACAUAUACGCCAUGUUGCCCCAGAAGGACCAAAAGACCCCUUUGACCCGGUCCGCUGCACGGAGACCCUCGGGUUGCCGAGCCCUUCUCGCAUGCGUGAAAUGCAAGGAAAAGAAAUGGAAGUCUGCCUCGUAGAAGACCCCGUCACGAGGACAUGUCGGCCACGGAACUACAUCGAGAUCCUCGAGAAACGAGUGGAGUUUCUGGAGAGCUUGCUAAAGGAGCGCUGUCCUGAUCUCGUCUGCAGUGACCUUGAGCUGAUGAGUUCCCGCAAAGCCAAAGAUGAUUCGAACCGAGACGACGCUGUCGACAAACUGGAAGCAAAAGUGGGCCUACUGAGUCUCAAUGCCGCGGGCGCAGAGCCUCAAUAUCUGGGUUCGUCUUCGAUCUUCGCCUUCUCGCGCUUGAUCAAUCCGUCUCUUCGCCAGGUGGUUUCCUCUGAUCUUCCCACGGGUACUGUGGCUGAUGGGCCGGAGAAUCGCGUCUCGGUGCUACCGUCACCAUGCCUGUUGCCCGAUCACGAGUCUGCAGUCAGGCUCAGUAAUGGCUAUUUCCAGAAUGUGAACGUCCACUACCCCGUUCUACAUGAGCCGACCUUCAGGACAUGGGAGUCCAUGUUGCUACACGAGUCGGCAGGGCAGGAAAAUCUUCACCCGGAUCCUAUCUCAUUAUUCUUCUUGAACAUAGUAUACGCUGUUGGGGCGUUGCUUCUGCCCCAACUGGGAUUCUCAGCGGAACGCCUGUAUACAUCAGCACUAAUGUAUAUCGAUGAUAUCCUGAUCCAUGAUAACCUCGAAGCGGUGCAGGCCAUUUUGUGCUGCGCCAUCUACUCCGUGAGAUCUCCGACGGGCACUUCGCACUGGAAGCUCGGCAGUCUGGCGCUGCGUCAGUGCAUCGAUCUGGGGUAUCAUCGACAUACAAAGCACUUCUCCGUUCCCGCAGAAGAUUUAGUUCGGACUGAACUUCGCAAGCGGGUGUUCUGGUGCGCCUAUGUGAUAGAGACCCAGGCUGCCGUCAUGUUGGGCCGACCGUUGAGUGUACCGUAUCAAGAGGUUGACGCUGAAUAUCCCAUUGACAUUGACGAUACGUGCAUCACGAGCACAGGACUACUAGGCACGCCCCGGAGCCGCCCGCAGGAACCACCCACCACCAUGACGAGAGCAAUCUAUACCUUCCGCAUGCGCCGUCUUCUGAAUCUCAUCCACACCCGCCUUUACUCCAAAGCCGACCCAAUCUGCUCCGGCAGUCAUGACCGGCAGACUGACGUUAGGAACAUCCGCGCCGAGAUCGAGAAGUGGCGUUCGGAACUGCCGCCGUCGCCGCCCUCUCACGCCGAAAAUGACCUGGCCUUAUUCACCAGCGCAGACUGGUAUGAUCUGGAGUACAACUACACGAUCCUCCAGCUCUGUCGCGCCCAGAUCCUCGACCCCCGGGCGGGAGGAAAGGCAAGCGAGGAUGUCUUUCUGGAAUGCCUUCGAGCCGCAGAAAGCAUCUGCCAGAGCUACCGCCGGCGGUUCCUGGGGAAGCCGACGAGCUGUACCUGGGCGGCGCUGCAUGAGCUGUUCCUGGCGGGAUUGACAUAUCUCCACUGCCUGUGGACGACCUCGUCUGCCGCGCGAGGAGAGGUCUCUGGCCCCGCGCAGGCGAACAGCACCUGUAACGACUGCACGAUCGCGUUGGUGAUCAUGGCGGAACGCUGGGAUGUGGCGGCGCCGUAUCGGGAUAUCUUUGUGGCUCUGGCGAGCCGGACACUGUCGAUGUUGGGUGACAAGGCCUGCGCUGAAAGAUUAUCCGAUCGUGUAGAUUCGGCUGGCGCUUGGGGUCGGGCGGAACAGGAUGGUUGCACGGAAUGGAUGAAUAUGGUCGCCCAAGCUGGAGUGCUCAACGGCUCUAAUGGCCUGGUGACCGGCAUAGAGAGGGAUUGAUCUCUUUUUCUUACAUCCAGGGCUGUUCUGUGCAAGCAUCCUCGCCAAUUCACGGCUCUGGUGAUAUCAGUAUGAAAAUACUACGGUCAAAGAGAGGGCCAUGAACAGCUGAUGGGAUAUAUAGGGGUAUUUUGCUAGGGAGGGG